UAAAAUUUUCCCCGCUAUAUUGGACAUAAUUGAAAAAUCGUGAUCAAAAAUUAAAAUUCCUUUCAGUGAAAAGACCACAGCAAAUAGUAUACUCUUUAUUCACGGGUUGCGUCAUCAAAUCUCAAAACGAGGCUCGGAACGCAAACAAGAUGGCGAGUAACACAAGUACAUGCAGUACCGGUACGGCUUAUCACUGUUGUGUCCCGCUUUGCAACAACGAUUCCCGUUAUGACCUCAAGAGGGAAUUGUCCUUCCACAAAUUCCCAUCGGAUAAGAUCAAAAGGAAGGAAUGGAUUAUUAAAAUUCGGAGGGAUAUAGGGGAAAACUUCAGAAUAUCAGAUGCAACAAGGGUUUGUUCAGCCCACUUUCUUCCAACUGAAGUACGGCGGUCAUUGAAUGGAAUACGGUCUUUAAAACCAGGGAGUGUACCAAACAUAUUUGUUUGGAAUUCACCAGUUAAACGGAUCAGGCCACUUAGAAGAUCAUUGAAAAACAUGUCACCAGUACGAUCUGCAGAGGAUAACAAUUGCAGUAUUGAGGAAGAGCCAGAAUUAUCGUCUUGUUUUGUGGAUCAGACUGGAUUAACACCACCUGUCUCAAAUGACCAUGAUUACAGUGUCCAUACUACAACCAAGGACCAACUUCAGGCAGCCCAAGAGGAAAUUAAGGAUUUACAGGAAAAGCUUGUAGCAGUAGAAAGGAGACUUUUUUCUGUAGAACGAUUCACCACAGAUCCCCAGUUGAUUAACUUUUACACUGGUUUUAAAAAUUAUGAAACCUUAAAAUGUUUGUUUAUUGCUCUUCAGCCAACAGCAGAAACAAUGAUCAGGUGGACGCAAAUGCAGAGACAUUCCUCAAAUGUGGAAAACAUGAAGUUAAAUGCUAUCCGUAAUGAAGCAUUGCCACUAAUUGAUCAGUUUUUUAUGUUCCUAUGUAGAGUUCGUCAGGGUUUUCCAGAAUAGGACUUGGCUGUUAGAUUUAACAUAUCUCAGUCUUCAGUGAGUAGAAUUUUAAUAAAUUGGGCAAAUUAUUUGUAUACAAUGCUUGGUAGUUUACCUUUAUGGCCACCUCGUUGUGUGGUUGACAGUAACAUGCCAAAAUGUUUUCAAGAAACUUAUCCUCAUGUUAGAGUGAUUUUGGACUGUACAGAAAUUAAAGUUCAAACUCCUAGCUCAAAAGUAUUAAAUUCUGAAAUGUACUCGAAUUAUAAAAGUCACACAACAUUUAAAAGCUUAAUUGGGAUUACACCUUGUGGUGCUGUUGCAUUUAUUAGUUCAAUGUACACAGGUAACAUUAGUGAUAAAGCUAUUACUGCAUUGUCAGGAAUUUUGGAUUUGUUGGAGCCUAAUGACCAAGUCAUGGCUGAUAAAGGGUUUUUGAUUGAGGACUUAUUAGAGAAAAAACAAGCUUCUUUGGUAAUACCUCCUUUUCUUGGUGAAAAGGGUAAAUUUUCUGCUUUGGAGGUAGCACUUACGCAUGAAAUAGCACGCCUUCGUAUUCAUGUUGAAAGAGCUAUAAGGCGGAUAAAAGAAUAUCAUAUAUUUGAUGGUGUCAUUCCUCUUAAUUUAGCUUCAUCCAUUAAUCAGAUAUGGACUGUUUGUGCAAUACUAACAAAUUUCAGAGGACCUCUAUUCUAGUUAAAUGUGAUUACGUGCACUAGGAAUCUUAUUAAUGAAAGGUGAAGAUAACGAACAGUGAUCAAUCUCACAACUCCAAUAAUACUGUUUAAUUUUUGACCGAGUUGCACACGUGCAUCUGUCUUAUAGUAUGGUGAAUGGCGGGUGGGCUUCCCUGUAAUAGGUAUCUACUUUGUGCAAUCAACUCCUCUCACAGCUUUUACUUGACAUUUUUCAGACCUUGUACAUUAUAGCUGUUAUAAAAACAUUGAAUAUAUACAUGUGAAAUUCUAAAGUACCUGGGUUUAAAAAAAAAUACAUUUAAUAUGUCAUUUUUACAGAGUGUUUUAUAGAGAUGUCUCUAUGAUGUCUUCAAUGAGUAUUGUCAAUUUGUUAUCAGUACAAUUAUAAACUUAUGAUUGUAUAGCAGUACACGUUUUCAGUGCACAUACAUUUACAUGUGUACAACUUAUUCAUGUGAUAUAAAAUAAAUAUUUGAAGAAAUAAAAA